AUGUGUGACAAGAGGGUCCCAGCCAGAGUUGAGGGAAAGAUCCACCGGACUGUGAUCCAGCCGGCAAUGCUUUACGGGCUGGAGACGGUACCCCAAACGAAGAAGGCGACAAGGAGACUGGAGGUGGCUGAGAUGAAAAUGUGCAGAUGGGCAUGUGGCUUGACCAUGAGAGACAGGAUGAGAAAUGAUGAGAUCCGACUGAGGUGCAGAAGUACGAGAUUGAGAUGGUUUGGUCAUGUAAAGCGAAGAGAGGAGAACUACAUCGGAAAGAGAAUGCUGAGCAUGGUACCACCGGGAAGGAGAGGAAGAGGGCGUCCAAAGCAACGGUGGAUGGGCAACAUCAAGGAAGACAUGCGGUCCGUGGGUGCGAGGGAAGAAGACAUCCAAGAGAGAAAAAUAUUGAAGGCUUUCGUACCUGCCGCAGUGACCCCAGAAAUGGGAGAAGCUUGA